GAGAUGUGAUCUCAUGCUGUGGGCUUGUUCCCUCCUACUUUGACUAUAUUGUAACUCCUGAUUAAAAGAGCGUAGCUGAGUUGUGCUAACAUGAGAUGAGGGAGAGCUAAGGCUGGGGAUUUGGAGCCUUUCUUUUAGGCUAAGUGAAUUUGUCCAGGAUGUGAGAGUCUGCUUCUGGGUUAUAAUUUACCAUGAAUGGUGGUGUGGAAGCUGAUGAGACUUUUACUGUAUUUCACAUGUGCACAAGAGAACUUGCACAAAAAAACCUCAAAAGGCAAUUUGCAAUUCCACAACAGUAGCCAGAGUGUUUUCCCGUGAUAAAAGUAGUCUGCUCUGUUCCACAAGGCAUUUUUUCACUGAUUCUUCCAACUGAAGGAGUGUUUGUCCAGGAGGAUGACAAUUUGUAUCACAACAGGAUUUAGGUAAUAUAGCUGAAAUCAACCUACUGUUGCACUGAGCCCUCUGGUUACCUACGGCGAGACACUGCCCUCUCUCACAGAAAUGAGACUCGAUUCUACACAUAUUUAAAUGCCUGACACCCACUGAAGCAUUUAUUUGGACGUCACUGUUUAGGCGAGCAGCAGAGCUCCGAGAAUCUGAGGGUGUAAAGUGAGGUGAUAAAGGUUGUACAGAGAGUCAGUGGCAGCACAAGGAGGCGACUCUGUUUCCCAGUGGCUGCUGCAAAGGCUGUCAAAGUGACCCCCACUUUGUAGCCAGGGAAACACCAGCUUUCAUUUUGAACAUUUAAACCAAAUUUGUGAAGAUGAUGAUUUAUUGAUAAGCCGCAGGACUGUGGACAUGCGGUAAGAGGCGCGGGGAGGUUAUGGCCUGAGCCCCACACCCUUCUCAAGUCGCAGCUGUUUCCGAAAGAUGCUGCGAACUCCGGCCCGGCUGCGAGCUACGAAACACCUCCCGUGUCUUCCCUCGGCUGAGCAGCCAGCACUCGGAUGCUGAAAUAAGGCUCUGAGGAGGAGGAGGAGGAGUGGGAGGGGAGUUCCAAAGCCACUUUGGGCGCUGCGCCGCUACGUGCAGGAGUGUAUGCGGAGCAUCCUCCUCGCAGCCCGAACGCAGGGUGCGCUCCCCGCUCCCCCGUGGGUGAUUCCCCGUUCCCCGACGCUGCUCCUGCUUCCGCAGCCGCUCCCCGGGCGAGACGGCGGCCAGGGCUUGCACAGGGGGGUGGAGAAGAUUUUGAGCUGCAGUGAGGGACUGAAAGAACCUGGAUCAUCACAAGGAAAAAUUCUUUCUGAUAAAGGUCCCCGAAGUGAAGGAAAAAUUCUGAGAUGCAGAAAGGUUUAUUUGCUGCCGCAAAUGGGAAUCUGGAAUAACUAUGAAAAACACACUGAAAUAAUUGUGUUUGACUGGAACAAAAUUCUUGCAAAGUCCCCAAGGAUGAGAUUCUGUGCCAAAUCAAUGCUUCUGUCUGACUGGCUCUUUCUGGUCUAUGUGUUAAUGGUCUGCUGUAAAUUGUUGUCCGCCUCUAGUCACCAUCCCCGGGGGCACACAGGCCAGCACCAAGUGAAGCAAGGGACGUGUGAAGUCGUGGCCGUGCACCGGUGCUGCAACAAGAACCGGAUUGAGGAACGCUCCCAGACAGUGAAGUGCUCCUGCUUCCCGGGGCAGGUGGCCGGCACCACACGGGCACAGCCCUCGUGCGUGGAAGCUUCCAUUGUCCUGCAGAAGUGGUGGUGUCAUAUGAACCCCUGUUUGGAUGGAGAGGACUGUAAAGUACUACCAGACUAUUCAGGUUGGUCUUGCAGCAGUGGAAAUAAAGUCAAAACCACAAAGGUAACACGGUAGCAAAGGCUAAAGCUGCGGGUCGCUCCCAGAGCCAUGGCGUGUUGGAACUGUUCCUUGGCUGUUACACAGAGACACUUUUUUGUCACAAUGUUAUUGACUUAAUCCUUUGAACUUGCAAAAUGAGUUGGGAAAAAGAACAACACUUCUCCUUUCAACUGUGGCUGCUGUUCCUGAACCUGGAUUUUGCUAUUCAGUGGUACAUUAUAAUUUCACAAGGAAAAACGAGGAGCUUUGGUUCUACCUGAAAUGCACCUUGGAUUCCCAAGGAUCUGAGACCUGGCUGAAAUCUGUGGAAGCACGCACCUGAGCUUCUUGUGGUGCACCAAGGAUAAGACUUUCUUAAUGACACAAAGAUAUGUAAAUUGUUUUAAAUGAGUUUAGGUCAUGAAUGUAACUUAGGGGAUCAUAGAAAGAAAAUGCUGGUGUUAGAACUGGUACAGAUGAUCUCAAAGAUCUUUUCAACCUAUAUGAUUCUAUGGAUUUGUCUGAGGUGUUUCUUGCAUACAGUACAGCAUAAAAACACAAGGCUGAUCCCAGUGAAUUGACGGUACCGUGUUAGUAAAUUAUGUCUUAGUGUAUUUUCAACUGUGGUUUAGUACCUAUCAAACUGGUAUGAAGGUGAAAAGAUGGAACUUAUAGAAUCAGUAGCAAUUAUUGUAGGACAUACUUUGGUUAUAGCUGUGCAAUUAGUUUUAUUUCCUUAGAUAGUUCUAGGUAGUUUAACUUUUACAUUCAUAAGUGAUGGCAGGAAAGCAUGAGGAAGAGAUAAAAUUUGAAAGCAGGCAUAGUUUUUCUUGUCCUAAAAUAAAUCCAUUCUCUAGGGGAAUAGCAAAGUAUACAUAUUCCUUGCCUCUUUGAAUCUAGAUAUGGAAAAGAAUUUAGCCAUUAGCUAGAAAUAUUCAUUGAGAUGCCUCAAAAAAAGGAAAGCAGGCUUGUACUGCAUAAGGAAGGCUUACUGGAAGGGGAGUAAUUUGUUUGGAUUUUCAUAGCUUUGGUUAUAUCCUAAUAGGUAACAUACUUAAAAUUCAUAAGCAAAAUUCUAGAUAAACGUGAAUCUUCAGUUUGAAUUAGUUCUUGUUUAGAAUGAUUAUAAUAAUUAAAUGUCCAGUUCCUUGACAGACUGAAUUUCCAAGUGGUUUCCUUUUGAGACACAUAAUUGUUCCCUAUUAUUGUAGAUGCAUUUCAUGCUAUUUUUCUUAUUUGCCUGUUAGAGUUUUUUGUCAUCAGUCUUCACAAAUAGAAUAGUGGGUAGAGGUGAAGCUGUAGCUGGUCUGUUCCCCCUGACAUUGCAGCAGACUGAAGUGCAGUGGUGCAGAUGAACUGCUGGUGACCCAGAGACUGAAGUCAUUUUUAUGCUUUAUGUAAAUAUUAGGGUAACAAUGCACAUCCAAUUUUUAUAUAGACAGAGAAGUGAAAAAAAGGUGUCUUGUACUAAUGUAGGUCGUUGUGCAUAUGCUUUCUAGUGUAUGGGAAAGAUCCCAUCAAUGGUGGGAAGCUGUUCAGGGUCAUAAUUAUUAACUUCUGAUUUGCUGGAGUGAGUGGGAGCAUUCAGCCAGGUGGAAAGAUUUGGCCGUGUGUUUUUUGGUUUUGAUUUCCUUGGUUUAGGUCACUUUUAAUUAUGUAUUUGAUUACAGCUGGGAUCAUAGUGGUCAUUGUACUCAGUGAUAAGCAAACGAGAUUUUCUGCUCUGUGCUUGGACAGCUGAACAGUUAAUAGACUCUGCUUGCCCUAAUGAGCUCUACAUUCCCAAUAUUCUUCCAUUGUUUUGAUUUUCUGAUUAAAUUUUAAAGUUACCUUUA